UGAUCGGGUAGCAGGUUAAUAAUACCACCGCCCAGCCCUUACUCGACCGUUAUACAAAGGGAGCGCUAAUACCUCAAACAGAAAUUGUGUUGUGAAGAUUGUUUUCCCUUUUCGUAACCGGAGCGGACUGGAUUCGAUGAGAACUUCGGGAACAUAAUUCAAAAUCAUUCCGCCGUCUACUUCUCUGGCUCUUUUAGAAUCAUCGCCCAAUACACAAACUCGGGUUUAUCCUGUGAAGUCAAGAUAACCGCGAAAUGACGGCCGAGCAAGCUGUUAAUGCGCUGCAGCAUGAUUUCCCCAGCGAACAGCUUCCUCUGCCAGGUACAGAGGCGUAUGAAACUUUCAACAACGUUUACCUCUCUGCCCGUCAAAGUGACUACGCUCCUGCGGCGAUCUUCCAGCCCAAAAACGCAAGCGAAGUAACUGCCUUUCUCCAAAUUGUCAAGGAAAACGGCGUGCAGUUCGCGAUUAGGGGUGCUGGCCAGCAGCCUCUGGAAGCUUGCUCGAACAUCCAGGACGGCAUCACGUUGGAUUUGAGCCGUCUGACGGGCAUUGAACUCAAGCAAGGCUUUGUGUCUGUCGGGGCCGGCGAGCGGUGGGGACCGGUCUACGAGAUAGUGCAAGCUGCUGGACUCGGUGUGGGGGGAAGUCGGUCUGCCAAAGGCGGGAUCGGCGGACUCUCGCUUUCUGGUGGCCUUUCCUUCUUCUCUUCGCGAGAGGGUUUCAUCUGCGACAAUGUCGUCAAUUUCGAGGUUGUUCUCGCCUCGGGCGCCGUGGUCCAGGCCAACGCCCAUCAAAACGCGGAUCUUUGGAGGGCGCUCAAGGGUGGUGGCAAUAAUUUCGGCGUCGUGACGCGCUACGAUCUGCGCACUUUCCCCCAGCAACCCUUCUGGGGCGGCGCCGUCUUCUACUUAGCCUCGGAUGCCAACUACCCGAAACAGGUCGAAGCUUUAGUCGACGAGGUCCGCAAGCCCGAUCCUUCCGACGAAACACACAUAAUGGUCAACCUGGGCUACUCGGCACAGUUUGGCGACAAUAUGAUGGGCCUGAACCAGGUUUAUUACACCGGUGGAGAUGCCGCUUCGGUCUACGGUGUCAAGGAUCUGGGAACGGGCAAGAUUGGUGUUCCGCCUAUGCUUGAGCCGUUUACCAGCGUUCAGCCGCAGCUGGACCAGCUCAGCUCGCUCCGCGUCAUGACGCUGAUGGAAGGUGCUACGGAGCACGCCGUCAUGGCGUCGGAUCGUGUCCGUUGCGCUUACAUGAACUGCACCUUGCGUGCUGAUACGGCUGCUCUGCUGGCCGCGGCCGACAUAUACUCCAAGGCUAUCGACCAUCUAAAGCCUAUCGAGGGAAUCGUGUUGUGUCUCACGCUACAAGCUUAUCCAAAGUCGCUCCUACGCAAGACGAAUGAGUUCGGUGGAAAUGUGCUCGGGAUAGAUGCGGGAGAGCCUCUAGUAACAGUGCUGCUGUUGACCUACUGGAAGAACAAGGAAGAUGAUGAGCAAAUACUGGCUAUUCUUCGUGGCGCGUUGGAGGCGAUCGAAAAAGACGCCGAGAAGCGUGGCCAGCGGGUGCCCUACAUCUACCUAAACUAUGCGUCCGGCUUCCAGGACCCGUUCACGUCCUACGGCGAAGAGAAUAAGAAGUUCCUGCAGGAGGUGAGCCGUAAAUACGAUCCUGAAGGUCUAUUUCAGAGGAACGUUCCUGGCGGGUUUAAAUUAUUUGCUUAAAAGGUCCUUUAUUCGUUUUUGCCGAAAUUUAGAUGAGAGUCAAGUUCUUUCCUGGUGGUAACAAGAGGAGUAAAGUAACUCGGCAAGCUUUGGCAAGAACGUCUUAAUACCUGAUACAAUAAAUAUCGUAAAUCAAAUAAUUGUUUCGUAAAUACAGUAUAUCGCAAUAGGGAUCCUAGCAAGAUCUUUAGAAAUUCCCUAUAGAUUGCAAAAAUCCCGUUACUUUUAGCGUCCUAAACCGAGACUCAGCAAGGGAUCAUCUGAUGUGCUUAGCUAAGUUCAGUGAAGGAGUAGGUACUUACAG